GAAAACGGAGCUGAUAGGAACGAGAUUUUUUACAUCCAUUUUCAUCCCUAGCUGUGGUCCCACAGGUCGCACCAUUCUCCCCUCUUCUUCCGCCGAUACACACGCCCUGCACGGGGGCUCGCCGAGGCUUCAGUUUACUACUGAAGCACGCACCGCAGCGUCUCCACCUUCUGCUCAACCUCCGCUUCCGUAGGUGCCGGCGCUAAGCGAGGAUCCCUCCGUUCAUCGGUCCCGACGGCACCUCGACUCGUUUCGUCGGUCGCUGGUAAGGAAGCCCUAACUAUUUUCUUCCUCGGAUUGACUGCUUCCUUUUUCGAGUUGAGAUCAGUUCAGUUGGAGAGAUUAUCUAUUUCUAUGCUUGUGUGCCCUCGAAUCCAAAUCUUCCUUUCGUGGUGCGGAUGCGUGAACGGUCCUCCAAUCCAAUCCCCUUCGAGUGGCGACGGGUGAUUGACUGCGAUAUGAGGCAAUGGUUAUGUUGUAACUGCCACUUUGAUGACGAGGAAGAUGGCCAUGACAAGGAACAGGCCAAAGCUCAGAGCAAUAAGAUAGACCCCAAGCAGAAGUCUUCAAAACCUCCUGUUAGUCAACCUGAGCCAGAGUUCUCCCCUCCAACAAUUGAUGUUCCUGAAUUGUCAUUGGAUGAUUUGAAACAAAAGACUGAUGAUUUUGGAUCAAGUGCUCUGAUUGGUGAAGGUUCUUAUGGACGAGUAUAUCAUGCCGCUUUAGAUGAUGGGAGGCAAGCCGCAGUUAAAAAACUUGAUGCAUCUGAAAAUGAGCCUAAUGAUGAGUUCCUCAAACAGGUCUCACUGGCAUCAAAGCUAAAACAUGAAAAUCUUGUUGAGAUGUUGGGUUAUUGUGUGGAUGGGAAUUAUCGUAUACUUGCUUAUGAAUUUGCAACCAUGGGUUCGCUUCAUGAUGUUUUACAUGGAAGAAAAGGCGUUCAAGGCGCGCAGCCUGGCCCUGUGCUUGACUGGAUGCAGAGGGUCAAAAUUGUUAUUGAGGCUGCAAAAGGUAUAGAAUAUCUGCAUGAAAAGGUUCAGCCUUCAAUCAUCCAUCGGGACAUCAGAUCAAGCAAUGUACUGCUGUUUGAGGAUUUCAAGGCAAAAAUUGCAGACUUCAAUCUUUUGAACCAAGCACCAGAUAUGGCAGCUCGUCUCCAUUCAACUCGUGUAUUGGGAACUUUUGGAUAUCAUGCACCUGAGUAUGCUAUGACUGGCCAGCUGACACAAAAAAGCGAUGUCUACAGCUUUGGCGUGGUCCUUUUGGAACUUUUGACUGGAAGGAAACCAGUAGAUCACACAAUGCCUCGAGGACAACAAAGUUUAGUCACAUGGGCUACUCCAAGGUUGAGUGAAGACAAGGUGAAGCAAUGUGUAGAUCCCAGGUUGAAGGGAGAAUAUCCUCCAAAGGGAGUCGCUAAGCUUGCUGCAGUGGCAGCACUGUGUGUGCAAUACGAAGCAGAGUUCAGGCCCAACAUGAGCAUUGUUGUGAAGGCGCUUUCGCCUCUCCUUCAACAAAGACCUGCACCAGGCACCGCAGAGCCAGCCCCGCAACCUGUGAGCUGAAUCCAGUCACGUGUGAUGGGACCUCGCAGCAUCAGGCAUCUCCGCGAUCAUUCAAUCAGCAAGUCAUUGAGAGUAUUUUGAAUAUUUGUUCUGUAGCAUUCUGUUCCUGGCUUGAUGUUGGCGCUGCACAAUGACAAUGGUAUAUGCAGUAGGUUUGAUUUUUCUUUUUCUUUUACCUUCUCUAUACCAGUACCAAGUUACCAACUGUUCGUAGAUUUUCAGAAUUCGCUGCUUGAAGAAUAGAUGCAGGAUGAUCUGGAUUUUUUUUUUGGUCUGGCGUGGCGUUGCUGCCUUCUCUUCCAUGGUUACCAAAUACCAUGAUUGAAAUCAAGUCA